AAAGUGGAGUCCCACAUGGAUGUUGCGGGUACGACGCUGAUGCUGGUCGAUGCAUCACCGACGGAAAUGCAUCAUUCGCAUCCACAUCCGCUUCACAGCCAUCCGCGGCAUUUGCAACGCCAGAGCGUUGAGUUGAGCGGCCAAACGUCAAAUUCAGAGCUCAGUAGCACAACAAGCGAUUCCACACAAAGCAAAGAACUAUGUGCCACGUCCGCUGCGGCUGCUGUUGCUGAAACUGGCAACGGUUUCGGCACCGGUACCGGCUCCGCCUCCGCCUCCGGCUCCUGCAGCUCAAAUGCAAUCUUAACGGAGACAGCGGGCACCUCGAACAGCUCGUCGGGUAACAGUUCGCCCGCUAAGGCCUAUGUGCAACAUCACCAUCUGCAUCAUGGCUCGCAUUCGCAUUCGCAUACGUUGCACCAUCAUCAUCACUCGCUGCAGCUGCACCACACAGCGCCACCCUCGCCACUCGCCUCGAUGCGUCAUCAACAACAGCAACAGCAAACAACAUCGGGCGCCUCGCCACCCCCCGGGGGUUGUCUGGCUGUCUGCUGCAGUUCGUCGCCUGCCUCGUCGCAUCACCAUCUGACCAUGGGCCAUGUGCCACAUUUGGCUACACAUCAUACGCUCUACCCGCUAAUGGCUGCCGCCCAGCUGGGUUACGUGAGCUCCAGUGGGCCCAGCUCGCUGGUCAACUCGCCAGCCUUGGGACGACGCAAGCGGUACACAAGCACCUCGUCUAAUUGCUCCAGUCAGUUCAACAACAACUAUGCCGGACUCGAUGUGGACUCGCUGGAUGACAUGUUGCGAAAGCUAACGGAGCUCGAACAACGCGUCAUCGAAGCGGAAGAACGCGCUGAGGAAGCUGAAGAUAAGGUGCGUGCUAUGGAGCAGCGGCUUAGUGAAUGGCCAAAGCCACAAGCACAAGCACAACAGCAGCAGCAACAGCAACAACAGCAGCAGCAACCACAACAACAACAGCUACAUUCACAGCAGGGCACAGCCACCAGCUCACCCAUACAUCAGCAGCAGCAGCAGCAACAACAACAACAACAACAACAACAGGCAGUUGCCGCUGCAGCCUUAGUCGCUGCAUGUCAGCAGAGCGUUUUGGCCAGCUGCAGCAGCAGCAGCAUAGCAUGCGGCCAGCCAAAAAACGAGGCGGAGAAAACAAUUAACUCAUUGGAGUAUCAGGUGGAGGAGCAGCGGCAGUUGCGUUUGCACGACGCACGCCAAAUCGAGGCGAAGGCAGCUAAGAUCAAGGAGUGGGUGAACAAUAAGCUGCGGGAUCUCGAAGAGCAAAAUCAGCUGUUGCGCGAACAGAAUAUCAAGUGCAAUCAGCAGCUGGAGCUGCUCAAGAAUCACAUUGCCAAUCAGUCGCAACGGCACAGCAUUGUUGGCCCUGUGCGCAAUAGUUUGAGCUUGGAUGUGCAGGAUUUUGCCAGCACGCCGGAAACGCGUAGACGCAGCGAGAGUCUCGAUCCGCAGGAGAUUAUUAGCCGACCGCUGACCAGCUCAUAUCCGCAUCAUCAGCAUCGACGCAAUCUGUCAAUGGAGCCGCAGGAGCUGGAACGCAAUCUAGUUGCGGCCGUUGAUGGGCUCACAUUGGCACCGCUGUCGAGCAUCUCAAGCAAAGCAACGCACUCGACGGCAGCGGCUGCAAGUACUCGUCCGGAUAGCUCCGAUACGGAUACGGCGCACGACUAUGCGGAAAUCUAUACGCCCUCGUGCGAGAAACUGCCGGCCUGGAUGAAGAACAAUCCGGCGCUAAUGGCCAGCGGUGGCAAUUCGAGCACAACUACAACCACAACUAGCGAGGUGGGCGUGCCCAGGCCGCCCACACCGCCACUGCAUCGUUUCCCUAGCUGGGAGGCCAAGAUCUAUCAGGUGGCCAACGAUGGACUCGCCGGCACAGGCACUGGCACUGGCACUGGCACUGGCACUGGCACUGGCACAGGCCACGGAACUGGCACCAGCAAUAUAAGCAACGAAAGCAACGUCAGCAAUGAGCCGACGCCCGAUGUACAGGAGCACAGUCAGCUAACUCUGUCUAAUGGCAGGUCGAGGCCAGGGCAUGGACAGGAUGCGAACGGAACGUUGGGCAACAGCGGAACGCCGGGCACACCGCAGCCGCCACCGACGCGCCAGCAACAAACCGCCAGCGGCGGCUUCUGUGAUAUCUCUGUGCCCGUCUAUGCCACGGUCAAGGGGCGUGCCUCGCAAAUCCGCUCGAUGCCCUUCACGGGCGACUCUAGCGAUGAUUCGAGCGAUGGUGAAGAUCACGCCGUCAUGCUCACGCACAAUUCGCACAACUCAUCCAGCACGGAUAACACGGAGACGUCCACAUCUGGCAGUGCCUCGAGUCCUUCGAAAAGUCUUAAGACCUCGUCGAGCCUGAGCCCGGCCAAGCGCAGCGGCUCCGAAAGCCCCAAAAAUGCCAAGGCCCGUGGCCACACAAGCACAUCAAGACUACAACCGCAACACCAACACCAACACCAACAACAACAUUAUCAGCUUCAUCAGACUCUGCCACACCUACAAGCGCCCAUUCACAGAGCACAGAGCACGCUGCCACGCCUACAUACGCCUUCUGGCGCGCAGCCGACGCAACUGCGCGUGAGCCCCCACAUGCGUGGCACAGUAAUUUCACAUCUUUCCUUUGAAUCAGGCCUCUCCGAUGACUAUGCCCUGCCACCCGAUGCCGUUUCCGAAUCCACGUGCAUGGACGCCUCGAUGCCAUCGCUUUUGAUGCGCCAAUCUUACGUCGACUCGCCCAGCAAGAAACUCGAGUCGCUCGAGAAGAUGGGUCACCUGGCUAAGCUGGGCGGUAAAUUGAAGACUUGGCGCAAACGCUGGUUUGUCCUGAAGAACGGCAGCCUUACCUACUGGAAGAGCCAGCACGAUGUGCAGCGCAAGCCGCAGGGACAGAUCCAACUGGACGAGGCCUGUCGCAUCAGUCGGGCGGAGGGCGCCUCCACCUUUGAGAUUGAUACGGGCAAGAAGGUGUACUAUCUAACCGCAGAUUCGCAUGCCACCAUGGACGACUGGAUUCGCGUGCUGCAGAAUGUGCAGCGGCGUAAUGCAACCAAACUGCUGCUCAGUCGAGACGAUCAGAAGCCGACGGUACAGGGCUGGGUGACCAAGGUAAAGAACGGGCAUGCCAAAAAAUGCUGGUGCGUCCUACUUGGCAAAAUGUUUCUCUACUUCAAGGCGCCUAUUGAGACGAAUCCACUGGGUCAGAUCAAUAUGCGUGAUGCACGCGUUGAGGAAGUGGAGCAUGUGUCCGAUUCUGAUUCUGAGGAACGCGAGGAUGCCGCGCAAGAUCAGGCAAGACUCACCGUCGCCAUCUAUCCGGCGCAUCAGGGUCCCACCUAUCUGAUUCUAUCCGGCAAACCGGAGCGCGACAAUUGGUUAUAUCAUCUCACUGUCGUUUCUGGCGGAGGACCCAGUGCAGGCACACAGUACGAGCAGCUCGUGCAGAAGCUAAUGGAAACCGAUGGGGAUCCAAACUGUGUACUCUGGCGUCAUCCCAUACUGCUGCACACCAAAGAUACAAUAACAGCGCCACUGUCCUCGAUGCACACCGAGACUAUGCAGCCGGAGGCCAUCAAGCUAUUCAAGAGCAUUCAGCUGUUCAUGUCUGUGGCUGUGAACCAGCCAGGCAUCGAUUACCAUGUGGUGCUCGCCCAGAAUGCUUUGCAGCAUUGCCUGGACAUGCCGGAACUACAGACCGAAAUGAUUUGCAUUCUAAUUAAGCAAACCUCCCGACAUAUGGGUCAGAAACUAAGUGUCGGUGUCCAGGUAAACAAGAAACUGGGCAAGCAAACGCGUCAACUACUAUUGUGCGCCACCCAAAGCCUGUUCACCUGUGAUACUCAACAGGCUGGCCAAGCUCAAGCCAACGGCAGUUCGCCCACUUCGAUACAGGCGCCCGUUUCGACGCCGAUUAUCGAUUGCAAGUCAAAUCCGCCCGCGUAUAGCUUUGUCCAGGGCUGGCAACUGCUCGCCCUGGCCGUUUCAUUGUUUGUGCCCAAGUCCAGUCGUUUGCUUUGGUAUCUCAAACUACAUUUGUCCCGCAAUGCCGACACCAAAACGGAGACGGGCAAAUACGCCGCCUACUGUGAGCGGGCAUUGGAACGAACUCUUAAGAACGGAGGACGCGAGACAAAGCCAUCCCGCAUGGAGGUCCUUUCGAUAUUGCUGAAGAAUCCAUAUCAUCACUCCCUGCCACAUGCCAUACCCGUGCACAUGAUGAAUACCACCUAUCAGGUGGUUUCCUUUGAUGGCUCCACCACAAUCGAGGAAUUCCAGACGACUCUCGCCCAAGAACUGGGCACCCGGGAUGCCACCAAUGGAUUUUGUCUAUUCAGCGAUGAUCCGAUUGAAAAGGAUUUGGAGCACUAUCUGGAGCCGCUGGCCAAGCUGUGCGAUGUGAUCAGCAAGUGGGAGACAGCGUUGCGUGAAAAGGGUUCCGGCAAGUUCGAGAACUCGCGCGUUAUACAGCUGAGCUACAAGAACCGCUUGUACUGGAAGCACACCAUCAAGUGCGAGACGGACAAGGAGCGACUGCUGCUCUGCUACCAGACAAAUGCCCAGAUUGUCCAGGGACGUUUUCCACUCUCGCGCGAACUGGCGCUGGAGCUGGCAUCGCUGAUGUCACAGAUCGAUAUAGGUGACUACACGCACGAGAAGUCGCGCGAUGUGGGCCUCAAGGCACUUGACAAGUUCUAUCCGUAUCGCUAUCGUGAUGCACUUGGCGCCGAUCAGGUGAAGGAUGUGCAGGAGUUGCUCAUAUCGAAGUGGACGCUGCUCAAGGGGCGCUCUACGCUGGAUUGUGUACGCAUCUAUUUGACCUGCUGCCGCAAGUGGACCUAUUUCGGUGCCUGCCUCUUUCAGGCUAAGCCGCGCCAAAGCGAGCCGCAUUCAACCAAUAAUUCGCCCGUCGCCUGGCUGGCCGUUGCCGAGGAUGCGCUCAAUGUGCUCGAGCUGUCGACGAUGGCGCCGGUGGCGCGGUAUCCCUAUAGCACUGUGAUGACCUUCGGUGGCUGUCAGGACGACUUUAUGCUGGUGGUGUCACACGAUGACGGCACUUUAGCCGGCGGCUGCGAACAGAAGCUCCUGUUCGCCAUGAGCAAGCCGAAAAUCUUGGAGAUCACGCUGCUCAUUGCCGACUAUAUGAAUGCGCUGGGACACACGGUGCCCGGUACACCACAGAUGAACUCCCUCACCCGCAACGGUUCGCAUCGUUCCCUGCGCACGUCGCAGCGACCAGGCGGCGGCGUUGCUGCUGCUGGUGGUGGCAUUGCUGGCGUCGCUGGCCUCACAAGCCUCACCGUUGUUGGCGCGGCCAGCAGCAUCACGGGCUUCUCCACGAAUGCAACCACAACGGCUCACAAUACGCUUAACUCACAUGCAACCCACACGCUAAACUCAACGCAUUCGCAUACGCUGAGCAGUUCGCACCAUGGCGGUGGUGGUGCUGGUGGCGGUAGCGGUGGCAGCCAUCAGGGUACGCUCAAUUCGCAGACAGCGGCACAUCAUCAUCAUCAUUCGCAUUCGCAUCCGCAUCAGCCGGACAUAUUGAAGAGCACGCCCGAUCAUCAGCGCAUCAAGUGAACUUCGAGGAUGGGUCGUCUUCAGGAAUAGUACCAUAUACAUAUACAUUAAUAUAAUACAUAUGCAUAUAUACUAUACACACACAUACCUACAUAAAUACACUUAUAUAUGUAUGUGAGAGUCCAUACAAAAUGAGCACUUAUUGAGCAGUGUAAGCAAAAGCCUUUAAGUACGCCAGUGCUACUGUACUUUAUGCGCUACUCAACACUAUGACAAAACAAAAGAACGUUCUUUCCUAAGCUAAGCUAAUUACGGUACUCGUACUUUAAACACAACUCAACCAUAUAUUAUAAAUAUUUUUUUUUUGUUUUUUACUAGAUCUAAGCCGUACUCCGU